AUGCCGUCACGCGGGGAGCUACCCGCGUUCACCUUCACGGCGCGAGAAGACAACCGCUCACCCGCCGCAGCACCGCCGUCCGCAGCAGCCGUCCCCGCUACCGCCGGCUCUCCACUCCCCACAGCAACAACCACGACGGUCGCGCCGAAGGCUGGAAAGUCUUCCCCUGUCAAGCCGCCAGCGGCGUCCCCUACGAUCCGGCCUUCCCCUGGGGUUUUCAGGAGUGGGGUGUCUGGGGCAGCUGCAGGGCCUUCAAGCAGAGCGCCAGGACGCGGCGGUACUGGAAGGACGGGAGGGGGGAGGGCGGGCGGAAGGGAUCACAGCGGCCGGGGGCGAUUAGCCGCUGGAGGUGACGCGCCGCGAGUUGCUUUUGGGCGGGGAGUACCGAACGCUGCGGUUCCAAGUGCUAAGGCGGCAGGUAGCGGCAAGACUGCUGGCACUGGCAAAACGGCUUCUGCAGCCGGGAAAACGGCUGAUUCCGGUCCUGUCAAGUCUGCAGCUGCGGCUGCUAAUACGACGACCACUGGCGGCACCACCGCCGCGGUAUCCAUGCCCAAGAAAGAAUCUUCCGCACAUGCUGUCAAGGAGCCCCCGUCAGAACCUACAGCCGCGCGGAGCAUUGGCGUGAACGUGGCGCAGCCUCCGCACCUGGCACAGCCGAGCGUAGUGACGGCCGCCGCGACUAACGCAGCUCCCGCGCAAGGGAGCGCGGGUUUCUUAAGGACGGGAAGGGGGGACGCGGCAGCCGCAGCGGCCGCGGGCGUAAUAUCGGCGGGAACCGCGGCGGGGUUUCGGGAGCCAGGACCCGGAGCUGCCGUUGGCAUCGCCGCAACGGAGCCGGGUAGCUCGUCGGGGGCUUUCACGGUGUUUCCGCGCACGGGGCGGGGGGAUGUGCGGCGGGCGUACGCGCUGGGGAAGGAGCUUGGGAAGGGCGGAGGGGGCGUGGUGCGCGAGUGCUUGGAUCCGCUCACGGGGCGGCCGGUGGCGGCGUGCAAGAGCAUUCCCAAGUCGAAGCUACAGCGGCGCGACCUGGCGGACGAGGUGCGAAUGGAAGUAACUGCGAUGAAGCGGCUGCACGGGCACGCGCACGUGGUGCAGCUGCUGGGCGUGUACGAGGACGCGCGCGCCGUGCACCUCGUCAUGGAGCUCUGUACCGGCGGCGACCUCUACGACUUCCUCACCGCCGCCGUCACGCUCCCCGAGCCGCUCGCCGCGCGCAUCGCGAGCCAAAUCCUCCGCGCGUUGAGCCACUGUCACCGCAACGGCAUACUCCAUCGCGACGUGAAGCCCGAAAACAUCCUCCUCGUGCGCGCUGCGCCACUCCCCAACCGCGCUUCCGCCUCCGCCGCUGCCGACGGCGCGGAUGGCAAACCUGCGGGGCAAAACCCCGCGGAAGCGGUGAAGGCGUCGACGGCGGCGGGCGCGGCGGGCGGAGACGGCGGGGACGGCCCGCCGAGUACCCCGAGCAGCACGGCAACGAGCAGUCUGUUCAGCACGCGGAGCAGUUUCCUCGACUCCUCCAAUGGCGCAACCACCACCGCUAGCGCCAGCACCGCCACUAGCAGUCACGGCGCGACGCGAGGCCACCACGCGGAUGACACCGACGCGAGUGGGGCCUGGGACGCCCGCAGCGGCAGCGGCGGGGAAUUUGGCACCGCUUCCUGCGCGGAGGAUGGGUGGGCGGAGAUCCACGUGAAGCUGGCAGAUUUCGGGCUGGCCGUUCCGCUGAAACCGGGGCAGCAAGCCGUGGGAAUGCACGGUAGCUCCGUGUAUAUGGCACCUGAGGUCGUAUGUCGGAAACCGUACGGCGUGCAGGUGGAUAUGUGGGGCCUUGGGGUUAUACUCUAUACCGCGCUCUCCGGUUUUAUGCCGUUUUGGGGCACGACGGACGAGGAGCUCUUUGUGCGGAUUCUUCGCGGCCGCCCGGAUUACCGCAGCGAUCCGUGGCCGUCGAUCUCGGACGAAGCGAAGGAUCUGAUCCGUUGGUUGCUGACGAUAGAUCCGCCGCGCCGAGCGACCGCGGAAGCCGCGCUCGCGCACCCGUGGAUUCUCCGUCACUGCCCCCCGCAACUGCCGUCCCUCUCCCUUCCGCCGACGCUGCGCGAAGCGGGCGCCCCGCUGCACAGGCGCCGGCCCGCGUCCUCCGCGUUCCCCCCCGGCAGCCUGCACUUUCCGCCAUCCACCGCGCGGAGGCUCGAUGGCGCAGUGGGAGUGCGCGGAUUGGGGGAAAAAGGCGAGGAAAGGCCAAAAGGAGGGAGUGCGGUCGGGGGAGCGGCAGCGUCCACAGCAGCGACUGCUGCAGGCAUGGUUGGGAAAGUUGGCACCAGUGCAGCUGCAGCACCAGCAGCAGCAGCAGCAGUACCAGCAGCAGCAGCAGCAACCACUGCGUCCGCUCCUGUCGCUUCUACACCUCCUGCCACACAGACUCGUUGUGCAGUAGCUGCGGCACCUGCUCCUGCCUCCACCGCUUUCACCCCCUUCGCAGCAGCUGCUGGUGCUGGUGCUGGUGCCCCCUCUCCGUCCCUAGUAGCAGCUACCACUCUCGCUACUGCUUCUACUGCUUCCCCUGUUCCUACUGCUGCUCCUGCUCCUGCUGCGGCUACUGCUCCCCCUGUUGCUGCCUAUCCCGCUGCGGCACCUGCCGUGGCGACGGCGGCACAGGAGGCACACAUGGAUGUAUGCACGCGCGCGGACAUGGACGCGAGUGGGCGGGGUGUUAGUGCCAUGGACGCAUGUGCGCGAGCGGACAUGAUGGACACAGAUGUGGAGAUGAGCGAUGGGGCCGCUGUUGCUCUCGCUCUCGCUGUUGCUGUGGCUGCUCCUACUACCACUUCUGCUGCUGCUGCUGCUGCUGUUGUGGGUGCUGGUGGGAAGAGGCAAGGCGGCAGCAGCAGUGCGGAGCAUUCGCCCAUGAAGGAGGGGCCGGACGACGCUGUCUGCAUGGAUGGGCAUGAGCAGGCGCAAGAGCAUGGAUUCGUGCAUGCGCCUUCGCCUGCUCCUGAGAAUGGCCGCUUCCUGUCGCAUGCGCAGGUUAGUGAGGCGCUGCCCUGGCAGCACCAGCAGCAGCAGCAGCAGCAGGUGCAGGAUUUCAGUCAGUUUGCACCGACACAUGCGCACGGGCGAGGCUUUGCCCACAGCUACAUGCAUGGGCAGUCCCCUCUCUACCCUCGCCUGCCGGGCCAGGACCCCGCCUUUGCUGCCUUCGCCCCCACUCCCCCUUUCAACCACUCCUCCGCUUUCCACCACUCCAACCCCACCCCGCCCCUGCUUCCUGCACCGGAUUUCACCUGCCCCAACCCCUCGUCCUCCUCUGCAUUCCUGCCUCCCUCUCCUGCCGCCUCUCCCGCUCCUUCCUUCGCCUCGUCUGCUUCCUCUUGCCCCACGCCUUUUCUCGCCCCUCUCCCUCCACUCUCCAUGCUCCCUACCUCUGCGUUCAGCCUGUCCCACACACCCACUGCCCCUGCAGCCGCUGCUUCCGUUGCCCCCACCACCCAUGCCCCUUCUCCUUACAACAGCACAGCACCGCCUCCAGCCAUUACUGCACCUCCAGCUCCCACCGCUUCUCCUCUCCCUGGUGCGUCCAGCCCAGCCGGGUCAAGCUCGCCCACCGCCCUUCCCCCUGGCACCUUUGUCAUCUUCGGUAGAAGCGCACCCAGUACUAGCACAGCAGCUGCGCCAGGAGCAGCAGGCGUGGCACAACUGCAACAGCCGUCCGCACUGGCGCAGUCACCGCUUGCCCCUGCCCCUGCUUCUGCUGGUGCAGGUCCUGGUGUCGGUGCAGCAGCAGCAGUCGCAGGAGCAGGCAGUCGGGGUUGCAGUGACGGCUACCACUCCGCUCACUGCGCCUGCAGCAGCCCCCCUAUUGGCCUCUUCUCUAUCGGGGCGCCAGGGGCUUUCCGGCUGGGAACAGCAGACCUGGGAGAUGGUGGGUUCACCCGAGGAGGAGCAGGGACGGAUACGAUUAUGGGGGAAGGCAGCCGGGGAUUGGCUGGGAGGAGUUCGUUGGGGGGCAACCGAGAGGGUAUCAGCCCCGGUCGUAGGAGGUGCCUGUUUGGCCAAGCCCACUCUGCCAGCAACGCCGCCUCUGCUGCUCCUCUUGCUCCCUCUGCUGCUGCUUCAGCUGCGGCACUAGCAGCGUCCGCAGCAGCAGUAUCAGCGUCGGCUGUUUGCGUCUCGGUGCUGCCUUCCCUCGCGCCUGCACCCAAGGCUAGCAGGGGGGGAGGUGGAGGAACCAGCCUAGGCCCCAUCACGUCCCAGCGCACCCGCCCCUCUGCUCUCAGCAGCCCCUUCUACCUGUUUUCGCCCAAGAGGAAGCUGCGCAAGGCUCAGGUUGUGAGCGGUGGAGGGAAGGACGAGCGAGCAGGACGAGUAGAGAAGGGCGCUGGAAUGUCAGCAGUGGCUGCCGCAGCUGCUGAGGCUGCUGCCGGUGCAGCAGGGGAUUCUUGCCCUGGGUCGGUUGGAUCCAUCUCUGCUUUCCGAGCCCGUCUCUCCCCUGCGGUGCUGAUCGAUAGGCAGGACCAGCGGGAGGACAAGGGGGUAGAGGGAUUGGUAGUGGUGGAGAGGGGGGGAUUGGUGGAGCAGGCGUGA